GAGAGAGGGAGGUGGAGGAGGAGGAGGAGGACUUGUAUCUGCGCGCGCUUCACAGGCUCGCACUCAAAGUUCAGUCGGCUAAGAGCGCGAGCCUGCACUCACACGCGCGCACGAUGCCCAGAUUUACCGGACCCCUAUACGUCGUCUUGUUUAUGUGGUCGUCAUUUUGUAUCAAAGACACUAUACAGGGCGAGCACCAGAGGAGGUUGUAUAAGGAGCUGUUGGAAAGCUACAACCGGCUGGAGAGACCCGUGGCCAAUGACUCCGCACCUCUGGUCGUGGAACUUGGACUCACACUGCUCCAGAUUAUAGAUGUGGAUGAGAAGAACCAAGUGCUCAUCACCAACGCUUGGCUACAGAUGGACUGGACAGAUGUGUAUCUAAGCUGGAACCCUGAGAAUUACCCAGGCGUUAAUAACCUCCGCUUCCCAUCCAGUCAGAUCUGGACGCCUGACAUCCUCCUCUAUAACAGCGCUGACGAGAGGUUCGACGCCACCUUUCACACCAACGUGCUGGUGAACUCCUCAGGAGCCUGUCAGUAUAUACCACCAGGUAUUCUGAAGAGUACGUGUUACAUUGACGUGCGUUGGUUCCCGUUCGACGUGCAGAAAUGCGACCUGAAGUUCGGCUCCUGGACCCACAACGGCUGGCUGCUGGACCUGCAGAUGCGGGAGGUGGACAUUUCCACGUACAUCCCCAACGGAGAGUGGGACCUCGUGGGGGUCCCGGGGAAGAGGAAUGAGCUGUAUUAUGAGUGUUGUAAGGAGCCGUACCCGGACGUGACCUACACGGUGACCAUCAGGAGGCGGACGCUGUACUACGGACUCAACCUGCUCAUUCCCUGCGUCCUCAUUUCAGGCCUCGCGCUGCUCGUCUUCCUGCUGCCUGCCGACUCUGGAGAGAAGAUCUCACUGGGAAUCACCGUUCUGCUGUCACUCACCGUCUUCAUGCUGCUGGUGGCGGAGAUCAUGCCCGCCACCUCCGACUCCGUCCCCCUCAUAGCUCAGUACUUUGCGAGUACGAUGAUGAUCGUGGGCUUGUCCGUCGUCGUCACCGUCCUCGUGCUGCAGUUUCAUCAUCACGAUCCACACGGAGGCAAAAUGCCAAAAUGGGUGCGGGUGAUCCUGCUCCACUGGUGCGCUUGGUUCCUGCGUAUGAAGAAGCCAGGCGAUGAGCGCAAGUCGCCCUACAGCUACUCCAGCACCAGCAGCCUGCAGAUGGGAAGCGUCCCCGGCCAGAUGGGCACCAACGGCCACACAAACCUCUACUUCGGCUUCCACUCGCCAGACAGCACCUGCUGCCCCAAUAGCAGCGACUCGGGCGUGUCGUGCGGAGUUUCCUGCGGCGGCGGGCAUCGCGAGGCAGCCCCGGCGCUAUCGGGCGAGCAGCGAGAGCUGCAGAGGCUCCUGGUCGAGGUGUCGUACAUGGCGCAGCGUUUCCGGGCCCAGGACGAGGCCGAGGCGGUGCGAGGCGAGUGGAAGUUUGCGGCGGCCGUGGUGGAUCGCCUUUGCCUCGUCGCCUUCUCGCUCUUCUCCAUCGUGUGCACCUUCGCCAUCCUCAUGUCCGCGCCCAACUUCAUCGAGGCCGUCUCCAAGGACUUCACAUAAUCGCCCUGCGUUUAUCUUUUACACUGCAAUGAGAAAAACUAACCACUGCCCCUGUGUGUGUGUGUGUGUGUGUGUGUGUGUGUGUGUGUGUGUCU